AUGCCGCCUCGCCCCACUCGUCGCUGCUUGCCCGCUCAUCGUCGUGGUGCAAAGACUGCGAGGAAGGCCCCUCCCUCGCUGCUCGACGCCGUCACCGUCACUCUCCCUGUCACCGUCACUGUCACAGAGCACUGGUAUAUCGCGACUUCCUCCUCCUCCUCCUCCUCCUCCUCCUCCUCCUCCUCCUCGGUCACACCCUCAACGGUGCACGCAGAACGACUAUCGGAACCUUCGCCGUCUCCCACCGUCGUCGCACCCACCACGCUUGAAAAUGAUUGCCCUAUGGGUGCAGUCGCGACAGCAACCUCAUCCGCCGAACAGGGUGCCUCCUCCUCCUCCUCUACGGAAAUCAAAUCCGGAAUUGUCGGCGGCUGCGUGGCAUCGCUGUUGCUCCUCAUCCUCGUUGGGAUCGUUUUCCUCCUCCUGAGACGCCGGGCCAAGGGGAUGUGCGCCAUGGUCGAGACGAGACGUCGUUGCUGCGAAGCUGCUGGAAUCGGCGCCAUCGAAACCGGUAAGCCUUGUUCUUUCUUCGUGGACAUCUUCCAACACCCAUCACCAGAUACAUCAGCAAAGACCUCGCUGGAAGACCCGGCUGAUGUCGAUCCGAGCGGCAUCGGGUCGAUGGUCAGCCCGUACCUGCUCCACGCAUCUUCUACCGAUGCCUACUACUCCUUCCCACCGUCGUCUACUCCCUCGCCGAGCAAGCACACACGGCCAUCGUUCACUGAGCACUCCCACGAGUCGGACUCGGGCGACUCAGACCGUCACCUCGUCCCUCUGCCCCGCUUCGACGACGUCGACGGUCUUCCCUCGUACUCCUCCAUCAGCUUCAACCCUCGGCCCGCCGAUCCCCACUGCGACGCACAUACUCAAGACCGGGCCGAGAGCACGGAGACAGGGCACGAGCACGAGCACGAGGUCGCACCCCGGCUCCCGCGCGUCCGUCGCAGCGCGCUGAUGCGCGGGAGCAUGCAGGCUCCACGCGGCCCUCGCCCGUCGCCCAGCGCCCGCUCGCGACCGCGUUCGGAAGCGCCCUCGGUCGCGAUCCCAGGGAUGGGCAUCCUUCGCAAUGCGGCCUGCCCGACGCCAGCCACGGACGCCAAGGGCAAGCAGCGGGAGACCACCACGGUGCGCUCCAGCAGAUGCGUCACGUUCCAACUCGAGCGCGAUGGGGGGCGGGACGGCGCGAUGGCCUUGCCUUCGCCGCGCUAUGAUCAGGCUGUGGCCGCGUACCCGACCGAGAACCCUCGAGGAGUCGACGAUCACCUCGCGGACAAGUACGACAAAGAGGGCAAGCUGUCUCCCGCGCAGGACGAGGAGCGCGGCCGCUGCGCACUGGUCCAGUGGCUCUUCUUCCAGGCAUCCGGCCAAGGCGUCUGCACGCGGAGAAGCUCCACGCGCUACGAGAACGAGGUCAUCCGGGUGUUCUGCGUGCUCGAGAACGUGCUGUCGAAGCAGGAGUGGCUGCUUGGCGACAAGGGCACGGUCGCGGACAUCUCGUUCGUGAUCUGGAACAUGGGCCCCGUUUCGCGCGGCACGCUCUCUAACGUCGGGGGACUGGACGUGCCGGCGAAGGUCCCAGCGUCCUACGCGUAA